AGUGGUUCAUAUGUUGAUGUGUGUGUCUCACGAACAAGAACGAUGCUGCAGCUUGUCGCAUCCUUUGUAGCGAUGAACCUUCUACAACAGGGUCUGACGCCGUCCUUGUCUCCUCGUCUCAUACACUGUGCCUCCACUUGUCUCUCUGAUGCAUCAUGCUCCUCUUUCUUUUAUCAACGACAACAUCAGCGAUGUUACAUCAGUAAUCUUGUCUACACCACGACGUCAUCAGCGAUGAUAAACGUCACCGGAGUGAUGUACUAUUCUUGGAUACAUCCUGAUUGUCCUCGUGAUCACAUCUACUCCCGAGGAGCCCAUCUGUGUAUCAAACUUGGCGUGCAAACUGACUGGCAAUCAGCAAACGCCACAUGCAGUGAUAGUGGGGAGAGACUGAUCAAGAUAGACACAUACGCGAAACAGAAGCAGAUGGCCUACAUGUCCUCUGAAGUGGGUGAAAUAUGGACGGGGCUGCAUCAUAUUGACGGCGAGUUCAGAUGGACGGACGGCUCCCUGGUUACCUAUACCUGCUGGUACCCAGGACAACCGAUGCUAUUAUUAGGCUUUAAGUGUGUCGUCCUCUAUGAUCUAGCUCCAAGAAGAUGGCACAACGGAUACUGUACCUUUCUUUUUCACACUGUGUGUGAGGUGGUGUUGUGAAAAAGAAGACGAGAAAGAAGAAUUACUCCAGUUUGGAAGCGGAAAUUAAGCAACCUUCGUCAAGAGAUGAUACACUUUCGUACAUGUACUUUUUGUAAACAUCGUCAGAUGUGCUUGUAACGAUAAUACCAACACCGGAUGGUUUAAGAAGAACCUAGAGUCAUGUUAAAAUGAACAUUAAAUAUUCAUUAUGUGUCAUAUAACAUAUGUCAAGUCAAGGGUAAUACUUACCGCUGCUGACACGUGAGCAGGUUUCUUAACGAUCACUAAAGCUAAAGAAAGCACACUUGUCCAAACGUAUUCAAAACCCUUCAAUUCAAUACACAGAUAUCUCUUUGUUCACUUAAGUAAACUUAUUAACAUAUGAAGUUCUUGUUAUUUUUAGAAAUUAUGAUUAUGAAUAAUAAAUCUUCAUAUAAA